AUGGGUAACGUGCCGUCCCACCAGUCCUACUCAGCAGAGACCAUCGACGCCUUCCGCAAUUCCUUCCUCACCAUGCAGCAGCUUCGUGCCGAGAGGCUCCUCGGCCCUAUAGACUGGCAGGACGACGACAGCUGCGAGAGGCAUACCACGAUGAACACGAUCAAUAACUCCCUCAUGCACGCUGCUCUACAAGACGUUGAAUGCUCAGCUCCACGCAAGCCUCGAGCGAAGCCAUACUCUAACAGGGUAGCUUUCAGCGUCCCCAAUGACGGGUCCCCAAGUCCAGACAGGCCCUCGCCUUCUCCAGCCAAGACCUUCAAGGCGACUUUCACGACCUUCUUCCCCAGGACCCGUAGCUGCGACUCGGUUGAGGAUGCACUAGAGGACUCAAAGGUCGCCCUGCGAAAGCAGCAGGCAGCAUUCAAGCUCAAGAGAGCUGCCACUUACAUCCAGGAGCGAAUCAAGUCGCUGUCAACGGUACCAACAACAGUGGAGGUGGGGAACUGGACGAGGAUGGAGGUCCAGCAAGGGUGGGUGGAGGGCUACUAA